AUGUGUUCUACGCCCUCUUCUGUUGAUGUAUUAAUAGUCGGAGCCGGUCCAGCAGGGCUCGCGGCUGCAUGCUCGGCAGCCCAAUACAAGAUGUCUACCCGGAUAAUUGACAAAAAAGAAGGUCGGACCGAAACUGGCCACGCUGAUGGAAUUCAAAGUCGGACGUUAGAGAUACUGGAAAGCUUCGGGAUACUCGACCCGAUCUUGAAGCAGGGGAUACACGACGUCGACAUGUCCCAUUGGAGAUCUGGGAAAGACUCAAGAUUUGGGCAAGUUCUGCUUAACCAAGGGGCCGUUGAACAGGCAUUCAUUGAACAUCUGGACAAGAAGGACAUUCACGUGGAGUGGCAUAGAGAGGCUGAAUCAUUACAUUUCUCUCCUGACGCCGGUGGCGAUACACAACACUUCCCAGUCAAUGUGGGAGUCAAAGCUGAUGGGAGUAACGCAUAUGGUUUGGAGGAGGUAGAAACUAUUCAUGCGCGAUAUCUGAUUGCAUGCGAUGGCGCGCACGGUUGGGUCGGGAGCCAGCUCGAUGUGCAGUCAGAUGUCGCUUCAGAAGAGUCAACUUGGGGUGUGCUAGACAUCAUUCCCAUAACCAACUUCCCCGACAUUCGUCAUUCAUGUUCCAUAAACUCUCAGCCUCACGGAAGCGUUAUGACACUGCCUCGGGAGAAUAGACUAGUUCGGCUUUACAUUCAGCUUCGAGAAGACUUGGAUGAGAAAGCUCUGCAACACCACACUAGUUCUCCUCGGGCCAUGGUAGAAACAGCCGAGCAGCUAAUGAAACCAUACAAUUUGACGUAUAAGUACUGUGACUGGUGGUCUAAUUAUUCAAUAGGCCGACGCCUUGUCAAAAAUUUCAGACCUCAUGAACGUGUAUUUCUCACUGGGGAUGCUGCGCAUACCCAUUCGCCAAAGGGAGGACAGGGCAUGAAUGUAUCCAUCCAAGACUCAUACAACCUUCUAUGGAAAAUUAGAGCAGUAAUUGCCAAUGGAGCGGAUCCCAUUAUACUGGAAACGUAUGAAACUGAACGGCGCCCAGUCGCUGAGCAACUGAUGGAGCUGGAUUCCCAGCUUGUACACGCAUACGAGAAAGAGCAAAAAGAUACCUCGAGCGGCAUUUACGAAGUUCGCGACCAGCAUGCAGGUUUUAUGGCUGGUGUCGGCGUGGUGUAUGCCCAUAGUGUCUUGAUCGCCCAGGAAAGGAAUUCCAAACCUGCAAGAAAUCUUCAACUGGGCAUGCGCUUACCAUCUGUCCUUGUUGUCAAUCAAUGCGAUGGGAUAGCUCUACAAAUGGGAGAAAGGCUUAUGAGUGACGGAUCUUGGAGACUCCUGGUGUUUCCGGGUGACUUACGCCAACCGGAAAGAAUGGAAUCUCUGGCUUAUUUUACUGACAGCCUAAGCAAAUGUUUACGUCCGGUCUCCUUGCAACGGAAACAGGAUCCGGAAUGGCGCUGCCCUCUUGUUGAGUUGCUCCUCAUACAGUCAAGCCCUCGGAGUGCAGUCAAUAUGCUAGAUCUUCCGGAGCUUUUCCAUCCUUUUGAUGAUAUCAAGGGGUGGGACUACUGGAAAGUGUUUACUGACGACAGAGAACAGGCUUACACCGGAUACGGUAUUGAUGAGGGCGGUCCAGGAUGCCUGGUACUAUGUCGGCCGGACCAGCACAUCGCAUGGAUAGGCAGUAUGGGGGAUACGGCUGGCUUACGGAAAUAUUUCUCUGCCAUUUUUGAAAUGCCUACUUAG